GGCCGGACUCCUGCCCCCGAGGACGGCGACACCCCGGAGGGAGGGACCACAGGGGCCACCCCGCCGCCCGACCGGCAGCCUCACACCGUUUGACGGAGGGAUCAAGAGGGAACUGUGUUAACAAGCUGAAGAGGUUGAAUCCCCUGAAGAAAGGCAGUGCACACUCCCAACUGAGCUGGCCUGAGGGAGAACAGGAGCACGGGCAAGACACAACCAAUCACAGCUCAGCUCUGCGAGCACCCGAGAGCCGGGGGAAGGAUGGAGGCCACUGAACCGCAGAGUAGGACUAAGCUCUAGACGAAGAAAAGCGUCCUGGUGGGACAGUGGCCUUGGCUUCCAGUUCAUCAUGGCACAGUCUCCCCGGCAGGACGGCUGACAGGACCACCCUGGGCGAAUGCUUCUGGACCUUGGGCUCUGGUUACUCGGGGAAGGACCGGUGGGAACCACACACGAGCGAGGACCGGAAGGGGAAAGAGAAAUGGACUCUGAGACGCCAACAUGGAAGUCACUUGACAGCCUUCAGCCGGGCGGCUUCCUUCUGUAAGGACAGGUUCAGAGUGGCAUCACAAGCUUGGUUGGGAGAACAGCAUGCAGGAAGCUGGUUUUCAGGUCACAAACGCUUUCACAGAGUGCCAGUUCACCUGCACCAGUGGUAAAUGCUUGUAUCUGGGUUCGCUGGUCUGUAACCAACAGAAUGACUGCGGGGAUAACAGUGAUGAAGAAAACUGCCUCCUAGUCACUGAGCAUCCACCUCCGGGCAUUUUCAACUCGGAACUGGAGUUUGCCCAGAUCGUCGUCAUCAUCGUGGUGAUCACGGUGAUGGUGGUGGUGAUCGUUUGCCUGCUGAACCAUUACAAACUCUCCACACGCUCCUUCGUCAACCGGCAGAGCCAGAGCCGAGGACCGGAGGGUGCCCUGCAGCCGGAAGGGUGCCUGUGGCCUUCUUCAGAAAGCUCAGUGCCCGGUCAGAGCGCUUCAGAGAUCAUGUACGCCCCACGGGCCCGGGACAGGUUCGCCGCCCCGCCGUUCAUGCAGCGGGAUCGCUUCAGCCGGUUCCAGCCCACCUACCCGUACCUGCAGCACGAGAUCGACCUGCCCCCGACCAUCUCCCUCUCGGAUGGGGAGGAGCCACCCCCGUACCAGGGCCCGUGCAUGCUGCAGCUGCGGGAUCCCGAGCAGCAGAUGGAACUGAACCGCGAGUCCGUGCGGGCCCCGCCCAACCGAACCGUGUUCGACAGCGACCUGAUGGACGUCUCCCUGUACCACGGGGGGCCCUGCCCGCCGAGCAGCAACUCGGGCAUCAGUGCCACCAAUUGGAGCCGGAACGGCAGGGUGGAAGGGCCCCCGCCGGCCUACAGCGAGGUGAUGGGGCAUUACCCCGGCUCCUCCUUUUUCCAUCACCAGCACAGCAACGCCCAGAGAGGGGGCAGACUCCAAUUCCAGCAGGACCACGUGGAGAGCACAAUAGUACCGAGCAAAGGAAAAGACAGGAAAGCCGGGAACCUGGUCUGAUGCCCCCGCGUCCCCCGCCAUUCACCGCCGCUGGCCACAGGGACGGCGGAGAACGGGGACCCGGGAGGGCGACGUGUCCCGGGCCUCGCCCCCCGUUCAGGGCCGGGGCCAACGUGGUCGCACUGGACCUGGUGCUCCGGGAUCCAGGCCGGCCGAGCCCCUUCUUUGUCCUGGAUUCCUUCUUGGGGAUUGGGGAAUCGCAUGCAGAGUGGAUCAAAAUAGACAGACUUCCAUUCGGCUUCAACCGGCAGCAGUGUUUUCAUUUAGAGGGAACUAAGAGGGGGGAAGAAAAGGAAAAAGAAAAACACAUCAAACCCACGUCGAUUAUUUAAUUCCGAAGGGAAGCUUAGCACAGAACUGAGGCUUCUCCGGCCUGCUUCUCCUCCCUGAAAGGCGGAGGGGGUUGGGUGGCCGGGCUGACGGCGGGGAGGGGGAGAAAGAGAAAUUGGCCAGUUUGCUUGUUCUCCCAGGCGAGGAAUGUUUCUUCGGUUUGUUUGUUUUCUGUUCUUUUUUUUUUCUUUUUUUUGGGUUGUUUUUAAAGAUGAACCGAAAUUCCUGUUUUGUGUGCCAAGCUAGGAAGUGGAGACAUUAGAUGAAUGCAAGGAGUUCAUUUGUGUUGUGAUAACGUGUUUUUAAAAAGUUGCACUAUCUUAAUGUUAGAAAAAUAUAUAUAUGAGGGAACUGUUUUACGUGAAGUUCUAUAUGUUGUCUUUUUUCACCUGUGGAGUACUUAUUAGGCCCGAACUACUCUGGAGGAGUUCUCCCCAGAGCUGAGAGAGAGGGGUUUGGGUCACGGAGCCUACCGUCUGCCCACGCCGUGUCAAUCAAUGACUCUAGGGACCCUUAGAUGUUCUCUUUGCAAUAAUUUGCAGCCCAGUGACAGGGCAUCGGUGAAGUUUAGUAGACAGACUCGACUGGAAGGUAGCAAACCGAUUCCAACGAUUCAGACGUCCGUCUGUUUUAGUUACUCCGCAGUUUUAGGGUGAAUGUUUUAUGAAAAAGCAACCAGAAAGCCAGACGCACUCAGUUCACGGGAACCAUGACAAAGCGCUGCCGCUUUACUCCUUUUGACGAUGCAGUAUCUUCAGUCUUCAAGGGGUCGAGAGGGUGUGUCUUCACUGUAGCCUGAAAUAUAUUUAGUCACAUAUCCUGACAUUAUGCAAUAAAUCGUUUCAAAGUGCA